AUUGUGAUAAACAAUUGAGCUCUACUGCGCUGCCCCUAACUAAACCAGAACAGGAGACAUUAUUGUACAUUUUGGUUAAUUUUGGGAUGGGUCACAUACCACUCAGAAAUUUCAAUGUUCAUCUCUUGUUUUUGCUUCCCAAUAAAAAGGACUGAAGAAGCAUAACAGAAACAAAGUCAGAGUGAAAUGCAAAUAAAGCUUGAUGUUUUGUCUUCUGGAGAGGCAAACUUCAAAAAUAAGAACUGUGUCUGCAAGGGUAAAAGUCACUGCUACUGUGAUGGAAUGAAAGGUAAUAAGGGUGAAAAAGGGUUCCCUGGUAUUCAAGGUCCACCUGGCCAGAUAGGUUUCCGUGGCCCUGAGGGACCUCUAGGACCUCAGGGACUCAAGGGUUCUACAGGGCUACCAGGUUUAGUUGGCCAAAAAGGUGAAAGGGGAUUGCCAGGAUUACCUGGUUUUUCAGGUCUCCCAGGUCUUCCAGGUGAGCAAGGAUAUAUUGGUCCAUCUGGACGUCCAGGUAUUCCAGGAUGCAAUGGCACAAAGGGUGACCAAGGAUUUCCAGGGCCUCCAGGGCCAGUAGGUGCUCCAGGAAUACCAGGUAUUGAUGGUGUCAAAGGUGAUAAGGGAUACCCUGCAACUGGAUAUGACCCAGGAUUUAAUGGAAAAGGUGACCCUGGAUUACCAGGAAUACCUGGAUGCAAGGGUGAACCAGGUCCUCGGGGACUCCCAGGGCUAGUUGGACCACAAGGCCCUCCGGGAUCUUCAGGUAUUUCAGGGAGAAUGGGCAUUCCAGGACCUAAGGGUGUCAUGGGGACUAAGAAUAUUGGAACCAAAGGAAUACAGGGUGAUCCUGGAUUAGCAGGACCCCCGGGGCCACCAGGAACAGUUAUUGUGACAUUAAGUGCACCCGAUAAUAUGACGGACUUGAAAGGAGAGAAAGGAGAGAGAGGAUCAAGGGGUCCCGCAGGACCAUUUGGGUCAUUGGGUUUGCCUGGAGAUUCUCAAAGUGAAAAAGGCGACCCAGGAGAGACUGGUCCACAGGGUAAACCUGGAAAAGAUGGUAUCCCUGGUCCACCUGGUUUUCUGGGAGAGAAGGGGCAAUGUGGUUACCAAGGAUUGCCUGGCAUAGUAGGUGCUAAGGGGAGGAAAGGAGACAUUGGCCCGCCAGGAUUUCCUGGUCCCACAAAAUAUUACGAUGAGGUGGCUGGUGAAAAAGGAGAUGAAGGAUAUCCAGGACCCCCAGGACUUAAAGGCCAACCUGGCUUACCUGGGCCAAGAGGUUCCCCAGGAGUGACAGGAAGACCAGGUUUAUCAAGAUUUGGUGUAAAUGGUCCAGAGGGAUAUCCAGGACGGAAAGGAAUUAAGGGAGAGAGAGGACAACCUGGAAUGAAUACUGUGGGAUCUCCAGGACUUCCUGGGCUUCCAGGCAGUCCUGGCUCUAUAGGAUUACCAGGUCAUCCUGGACAACCAGGUAAAGUAACAUUUGAAACACACCCACCAGGAGUUCCAGGAAACCCCGGAUGUGUGGGACCUCCAGGACUUCCAGGAGAUAGUGGAAUAAAAGGUGAAGAAGCAAGUCCUUGUCAUCAAUGCAGUUUUAUGCCAGGAGGACCUGGACUUCCCGGUGCUCCAGGGCCAGAAGGCCAAAAAGGAGCUACUGGUGGACAAGGAGCAAGUGGUCCCAAAGGAUUGCGAGGUUCUCCAGGGGCACAAGGGCCUUCAGGUCCUCAAGGACUUCCAGGAAUACCAGGAGAUCAAGGCAUGAAAGGGCCAAAAGGUGACCCAGGAUAUGUGUAUUCAGAAGGGCAAAAAGGAAACAGAGGAGAUCCAGGAAUCAGAGGAAAUCCAGGACGGAAAGGUUCAGAUGGAUUGCACAAAAAUCAUGGUUCAAAAGGCUCAAAAGGAAUUAAAGGCGAACGGGGACUGGAUGGUUUGAAAGGGGACAGAGGAUCACUAGGACUGCCUGGUAAUCAAGGUCCUCCUGGAGAAAUGGGGCUCACUGGACCACCAGGAUACGGACUACAGGGAAUGACAGGUCCCAAAGGCCCCAAGGGAAUAUCUGGUUUGCCUGGAUUGCCUGGAGCAGUUGGUCCACAAGGAGAAAUGAGUGCAUUAAAUUCAAUACCUGGACUACCAGGACCUCGGGGGCCAGAAGGGUUAUCAGGACCUCCAGGAGCAAUGGGUAAUGUUGGAUCAAGAGGACACUGUGGUGAUUUGGGAUUACCUGGUCCUGAAGGUGAUCCAGGAUUUCCAGAGACUGGAUUUCCUGGAAAUCCUGGUCCAAAAGGAGAUAAAGGUCUUCAAGGAUCAAAAGGAUCACCAAGUUUGCCAGGAAAGGCAGGAAAACCGGGAUCCCCAGGACAGCCUGGAUACCCUGGUGAAAAGGGAGACCCUGGAUUAAUUAUUCCUGGCCAGCAGGGUGGAUUAGGUUCCCCAGGAGGAGAUGGCUUUCCAGGGGUAAAAGGUGACAGAGGAUUUCCAGGAUUUCCAGGUUUACCAGGAUGCCCAGGACUUAACGGUGCUGAUGGGCCAAAAGGAGAACCUGGCUCACCCGGAGCCCGUGGAGAAAAAGGAUUUCCAGGAAAGUUUGGUGAUUGUCUUAUUGGCCCACAAGGACUCCCAGGUGCAUGUGGAGUAAUAGGCCAACAAGGAGAAGGAGGUACACCAGGAUCAAAAGGAGACUCUGGUAUUCCAGGCUUGGCUGUCCAAGGAUUCCCUGGAGAAUUUGGGCUGCCUGGAUUACCAGGUAGCCAAGGAGAUGUGGGAUUGCCUGGUCACAAGGGCCAGCAUGGCAGACCAGGAAUACCAGGUGUACCAGGUCAAAGAGGAGAUCGAGGUAUAAUGGGCUAUUUAGGAAUUCCUGGACCUCCUGGUGUCUUUGGGAAUCCAGGUAUUCCAGGAAACAGAGGUUCUCCUGGCCUUCCAGGACUGAAAGGAAGAAAGGGCUCUUUAGGGGCAAAAGGUGAGCCAGGUGAUAAAGGACUUCCUGGACCAUUGGAGACUGCAAGGGAUAUUGGAGAUAAAGGAGAACCAGGAUCAAAAGGAUGUCCAGGAAAAAUAGGUCUGAAAGGAGAAAGAGGAAAUAAAGGCAUACAAGGAUCAGCUGGGCCUGAUGGGACAUCAGGAAUAUCAGGUCUACCAGGUCCAAAAGGAUUACCAGGACCUCCAGGAAACAGAGGUGGUAUGGGAGUGCCAGGUUCUAAAGGGGAGAGAGGAUCUCAAGGUUUGCCCGGCCCAUCCGGUGCACAAGGCCCUCCUGGCCUUAUUGGUUCUCCAGGUGAUAAAGGAGAACCAGCUAAUUCAGCAUCUGGGCCUUCAGGAAACCCAGGACCAAAGGGUGAUCCAGGCCCCCCAGGAGAAAUGGGAAGAAAAGGAGAGAGAGGGUCACCAGGUCAGCCAGGACGUGUUGGGGAACCUGGACUACCUGGAAAUAGAGGGGAUUGUGGAGAACCAGGAAUUCCAGGACCAUCUGAAUGUGCUGGAGAUCCUGGUGCUAAAGGACGCAAAGGGGUGCCAGGAUGGAAAGGCACAAGAGGCCUUCCAGGUGCAAUGGGAUCCCCUGGAGCCAAUGGAUCUGCUGGAGAAAGGGGGAAUCAAGGACGGGAUGGUAUUCCUGGCUCCCUAGGGGAAAAGGGAGAACGAGGUGCACCAGGAUGGCAGAUUCCAGGUCCACAAGGUAUUUCUGGUCCUAAAGGAAUCAAAGGUGAUAUGGGGAUUCCUGGUUGUCCAGGACCAGAAGGUAUUAAAGGUCUAAUGGGGGAUCCAGGACCAAUUGGACCUCCUGGAUUGAAUGGAAAGCCAGGAUUCCCAGGUACGCCGGGCAUAAUGAUUCCUGGCCAGAAAGGAAAUAGAGGUCUUGCCGGAGUGGCUGGAAAGCGAGGUAAUCCUGGUAGUCCAGGAUCUUAUGGAACCCCUGUCUACAGCAUAAAAGGGAACAAAGGUGUUAGAGGUGUAGAUGGCAUACCAGGACCACCGGGAUUGGUUGGCAAUAUUGGUGCCCGAGGUUCAACGGGAGUUGAUGGCACCCCAGGAAACAUUGGUCCUAGAGGUGAAACUGGCUUUCCAGGAUUUCAGGGAGUAACAGGAGAAAAGGGUAAUCGAGGACCCCCUGGACCAAUGGGUGCAGCAGGACCAAUCGGACCAAAGGGCCCCCCUGGUCAUCCUGGAUCACCUGGGAAAGUAACAUGUGUCCCAGGAAACCAAGGACCUGCAGGACCACCAGGAAGACCAGGACCACCAGGACAUCUAGGACCUCAAGGGCCACCAGGGUUACAUGGGCCUCUAGGUAUAAAAGGUCUACCAGGCUAUUGUGGAAAUCCAGGAAUACCUGGACCAAUUGGUCCAAAAGGAGACAAAGGAUUUCAAGGACAAAGAGGCUCUCCUGGACUUAUUGGCUUUCCAGGAGUACGGGGCCUACCUGGUUCCCCAGGUAUUUCCAUUCCUGGUCCAACAAGAAGAGGCUUCCUUUUUGCAAGGCACAGCCAGUCAACAAAGAUUCCUUCAUGUCCAUUUGGGACAGCCGAGAUCUACAGUGGUUAUUCUCUUCUCUCUGUACAAGGAAAUGAGCAAGCACAUGGCCAAGAUCUUGGGACAAUUGGUAGCUGCCUACAGCGAUUUACCACGAUGCCAUUUUUAUUCUGUAAUACCAAUGAUGUUUGCAGUUUUGCUUCUCGCAAUGGCUAUUCAUACUGGCUAUCAACUGCAGCACUAAUGCCAGAAGACAUGGCCCCAAUCUCUGGCAGUGCCUUACAGCCCUAUAUUAGCAGAUGUAUUGUUUGUGAAGGGCCAGCAAUGACAAUAGCAGUUCACAGCCAAACAACGGCAGUUCCUUUAUGUCCUCAAGGCUGGAUGUCUCUCUGGAAGGGUUUUUCCUUCAUUAUGUAUACAAGUGCCGGCUCAGAGGCCUCUGGCCAAGCAUUGGCAUCACCAGGAUCCUGCUUGGAAGAAUUCCGUCCCAUUCCAUUCAUAGAAUGUCAUGGCAGAGGGACAUGUAACUACUACACAAAUUCCUACAGCUUCUGGCUGGCUUCACUAGAUCCAAGAAGAAUGUUCAGGGAGCCUUUACCACAGAGUUUGAAAGCAGGGGAACUGGAAAAUAUCAUCAGCCGCUGUCAGGUCUGCAUGAAGAGACCAGACUGAGAGACAGAAAUAGCCUAUCGAUUCAGAAUGCUUUUUUCCAAAGCCAAACUGUUUCUGGACAAUGAGCUCUAAAAUGCCAGUGUAGCACUAUGUUGAGCUAGUGCAGCACUUUAAUUUUUUUUUCUAAGCAACUUGUAAAGCACUUUCGUGGAGAAGGCUGUUGUAACGGCAGUCCUACAGAUCUUCAUCUUCUGAACUGUAAAACAAGGUGUGUGAUGUAAUAUAUUUUAUUGGACCAACUUCUCUGAGUGAGAGAGACAAACUUGCACAGUGAGACCUGAAGAAGAGAGCUAUGUAAGCUUGAAAGCUUAUGUCACUAAUGGAAGUUGGUCCAAUAAAAAAUAUAUUAUCUCAUCCACUGGUCUCUCCAAUAUUCUGGUAUCAAUGUGGCUACAGAACUGUGUACAACUUUUGAAUUGUGUCAUUUCUAAUCUGCCUGUUUAUGGUCAAACUAUACCUUGCCAUCUUUUUCAUGGAACAAGUGAAUGCUACUUAGUACCACAGCUUUGUUUUCUAAUUGCAGGACAAUUUACAUGCUAUAAUUACAACACUUGACAUCAGAUUUUCAGUGUUCAAAGUGGAUAUCAUUUCAGAAGAAACCCUAGCACAAUAAGAAAUGAGGUUUAAUAGGAAAAUAUUCUCAGUGUAUUUUUAAAUAUACUUUUCUAUCUAGAUCAGUGUUUCCCAAUUUUAUUUGGCCAUGGAACCCUUUUCAGCAUAAUAGAAUUUCAAGGAAACCCUAGGUUGCCAGGGUAAAAUUUGUCAAAAAAAAAAAGAAGCUCCGCCAGAAUUGGUCGAGGAAAAUAAGCUGCAAAAUAGACUCUGUCUUUUUAAGAGAGGAUGGAGAAGUGCCAUGUUCUCGCGGAACAAUGUUUCUUAACUAACCAGAAAAGAGAAUCUAUGCUGUGCCUUGUCUGACUAGUCAGCCUCAUACAGAAUACAAAUGUGACUUGUGUUAGCUGUUCUUUUGCAUGAUCUUGGGCCUGAUUCAAAGUCCACUGGGAUCAAUGAGAAGACUGCUGUUGGCGUCUGUGGAUUUUGAAACAGACCCUUAAUGCCCAAACCUGCAAAAUGAUUAAAUGCUUCAGAAGCUUACAGUACUAUUGGUCCUAAUUAUUACUAGAUAUCUUUGUUUCCAUUGAAGUAAAAUUAACUAAAAUGUCAUCUGGGAUUUAGGUGGACUGUGGAUAAUCUGUUAUUUAAGAGCUCCCAUGGUGUUAAAGAAUGAACACAAGCCUUCAGUUAUAAAUCUUUUUAAAAGUGCACUGCAGAAAGAAACAUAAAAUCUACACAUUUUAUGAAGUAUUUGAAACAUUAAAAUAUUUAUCAUGAACAAAUAAAACCUCCUAGUCGAUCUAGUCAGGUGAAAGUAUCUACAAUAAAAUAUUUGUUAUGAGUGAUAUUUAAAUGAUAUUAUCUGGCACUAAUUUAUACCAGUGACUUCAAAUGUAAGUGGACUUAAAUACUUGAUAAGCACUUUUAUUUAGUCAUUUAAUUUAUAUAAAAACUGUAGCUCUGAUUUUUUUAUAUAUAUAUGAUAUUGCACUUGCUGCACUAUUUAAAAUUUGUUGACAUAUAAAAAGUCAAUAACUAUUAAUUCUUGCACACAAAUAUCAGUAUUCCAGUUCAGUUAUUUAGACUUGUAGAUAAAGCCAAAUUAAUUGGACAAGUUUUAAUGCAUCUUUUUAAAUGCAGGGUCUAGAAGUCAUUUGAAGAAACAGAUUUCUCACUGAGUCCUAUUUUUGUAAGCAAAAUAUUUUAUAUUUAUUUGUGGUAAAAUAUUUCCAGUAUGUUUGUUUAAAUAUUGUAAUUUUCUCUGUUAAUAUAACUAGAAACAGUUUUCUCAGGAUCACCUGAUGAAGCUAAUUAAAACAUAGCAUUUACAUUAAUUGACUGAAUAGUGAAGAUUUUUUCCCUUGAAUAUAUUGCAGUUCUUCUGUUUGCAAAACACAAUUCAGAAUAUGACAUUUUAUAAAAUACUCUGAGCAUAUAUAUGCUGCUGCUGAGAAGGUGCGGAGGUAUAAAAAUCUUUCCUUCAGAUCUGCUUAUGUCUUCAAAUGUGACAAUCAUAUAUCAUGGGUUUUUUACUAAAUCCUAAAUUCUACUGUAAAUACAGGAAAAUACCCACCAUUUCUUUUAAAAACUGCUCAUUAUUAGGGCGAGGAUAAAUACAGCAUCACCAGAUGCACACUAAAGCUAUGUCUACACUGUCCCCUCUUGUGCAAAAAAUAUACAAAUAAG